AUGAGAAAAGCGGUACUAGAGCAGAGCGGCGAACGUUACGCUCUCGUUGUUGAUUCGGGAACACGGGGCGGCUGGAAAGGCUUGCUGGGACCCGUCUUGCCCUCUCAGAUCACAUGUAACGUCACUCACUGCUCCUGGGUGACCCUACUCACUGGAAACUGGAAAAAGCAAAGAGCAACAGAUAAGAUUUUGGAACUGAAGAAGCCAUCCUGCACAGAUGCCUUAGUGCUCCGCCGUGAUCCAAACCCAGAGGCUAAAGCUGAGGAUGGGCCUUUUAAAGUCAGUAUGGAUGAGGACAGCUCACUCAAAGACAAGCGGCCAGUUGCAUCUACGCCUAUACCUGGAUCACCAUGGUGUGUAGUGUGGACAGGAGAUGACAGGGUGUUUUUCUUCAAUCCCACCAUGCAUUUGUCAGUAUGGGAGAAACCAGUGGAUCUGAAAGACCGUGGAGACCUCAAUCGAAUCAUCGAGGACCCGCCUCAUAAACGCAAGAAAGACUCUUUAGACGAUGGCUCAAAUGCUGAUGCUGAUGACGACGAUGAGGAUGAAGAGGAACAUAGUUUAAAGACCAAACGCUACAAACUAGACCAUCCUGUUGAUUGUGAAGGAAAAAAUGGAUCAUCCCUUCGGAUGGUUUUACCGCUGGAGCUCCGGAUCGGCCACUUCAGAGACAUGCUUCUGGAAAGAGGGGUGUCCGCUUUCUCCACCUGGGAGAAAGAACUGCACAAAAUCGUAUUUGAUCCUCGGUACCUGCUGCUAAGUCCAGAGGAACGAAAGCAGGUUUACGAUCAGUUUGUCAAAGCAAGAAUGAAAGAGGAGCAUAAAGAGAAAAAGUGCAAACUCCAGCAAGCGAAAGAAGAGUACAGGAAACUGCUAGAGGAAUCAAAAAUCACAUCCAGGUCGACGUUCAAAGAAUUUUCCGAAAAGUACGGAAAAGAUCCGCGAUUCAAACUAGUUCUGAAGAGGAAAGACCAGGAGUUAUUUUUCACGCAGUUCGUCGGCGCGUUAAAGAAGCGAGACAAGGAGAAUAGAAUUCGUCUGAGGAAGAUGAGAUGAGUCUUUGAAGACAGUGCCAUGAACUCUUUCACAAUACUGUGAACUGAUUUCCUGUGGCCGUUUAUCACAAUGUAUACUGUGAUACCAUCUGCCCAUACGUCUGAACGAACCACAAGGGCAGUUUGCUUUUUAACGACUAACUCACACACAAACCGAACAAAGGCAGAUCCAGCUGAGUUCAAGCA